AAUUUGUAUCAGAGGUGCGUCCAAACCAGGUUACUGGCGACAAGUUAUACCGCUCUCUCUGCUUAAUCUUUAAACUGGUCUUGAAUCUGUCCUUUCAUACUGUCUUAUCGAACUGUACUUUGCUAUUGACAAAAUCAUCAGUUAAUUUUCAUAAAUUAAUUACCGAACUCAUUUCUCUCGUUUUAAAGUCAAUUAAACACACCGUGGGGCAAAUAUCUCUUUUCUCCAAGCUCAUUUAAUUUCACAUCCAUUGUAGCGUAUCAUUUUGAUAGUUAUUCAACAAAAAAAUCUAUUUACUAACGCUAAGCAAACACUUACAUUCAUCAUGUUAUGAUCCAUCUAUCUUAAUAUGUUCUUAAUUUUAGAGCGUUGUAUGGCUGUUCAUUCACCAUUUUUAGCAAAACGUUUUUGUACGGCUCAACAUGCUCGUUUCAGUGUGUAUGUACUGGUAUUUCUGGCAUUUGUCUUGUUUUCUGCAACAUCCCCAAUUCUUUAUACAGUUGAUUUAAAUCAACAAAAAUGUGUGAUUCGUGGACAUUUAAAAAAACUUAUUCGUUAUAUAAAACCAGCUAUCUUCUAUUUUGUCCCAGAUAUCUUGCUACUUGCCAAUUUAUUCGUUAUCUAUGAAUUAUGGUUGGCUACACGCCUGAGAAAGAAAACAUUAACGAAUCCAAAUAAUUCAAUUAGUUUAAAUGCUGCAAAUUUUAAUCGAAAACAAAGACAAUUAACUAUUAUGUUAGUAACAGUUUCCGUGAGUUUCUACAUAUUUACCACACCGGCUAUUAUUGAUUAUAUUGCCCAGGUGAAUCCACCGCAACAUCAUGAUGUUAAAAAGUUAAAAUGGCGUUUUCUACGCAUUAAUGUAACCGUUUUAAUAUUACAAAUGAAUAGUGUAACAAAUUUCAUUUUCUAUUGUUUAGCCGGUAGUAAAUUUCGUUCAGCAUGUCUAGACACGUUAAAAGAAGGGUACGAUCAAUUACUUUAUCUUUGGUAUCGACAUAUUAUGAAUAAGAAAAAUUAUGAAAAGCCAAGUCGAUAUAAUGCGCGUUUAAGUGGGUGUCGCCAACUCGAUACAGUAGAUGAAAAUAGAAAGAGAAUAUUCGGAGAUCGUCAACGACGAUCAACAUCAAUUAUAGCGAAUAAUAAUAAUUCAUCGAAACGACCAAGUAGGGAAACAAUAUUGAAUUAA